AGGCCAACGGCGGCCGCCCUCUUCCUCUCUCUCUGUUCUCUCGAUUCUUCCACUUCUCUCUUCCUCUUCCAGAAACAAAUCAAACCUAGCGCCACCCUCAUCUUCUUCUCCCUCGUCUCUCACCUCUCUCCCUUACAGAAGCAAACCAAAACCCCCAGGAGAUCUAGAGGCGGCCGCUUCUCACUCCCUCUCUCCCUCUCUCUCGGUUUCUUUCUAGAGAACGACCCUCAGAGAAGAGAGGCGCCGCCCUCUCCAACUCUCUCCUUCUCGUUUCUUCUACUUCAUCCCAGAAUCAAAAUAAAGGCGAUCUACGACCGCGGCAAGACGACGACAAGAAAGGCGACCUGAAUCAACUUCAAUCGACUGGAGGCAUGUCGAUCCAGGUGGGGAUUUCGCAUGCAUGGUGUUGUUUAUUUAUUUUUUCUGAUUUUUAUUUGGAUUCUACUAAUUUUCUGGGUUUUGGUUUUGCAUGUCGAUUUGGGUUUUCUGGGGGUCGCCUGAUUUGCCACGAUCGAGGGGAGAAAGAGGAGACGUUUGGCUGCUUGGAUCCCCGGCGUCAAAGCUCAGUCGACGGUGAUUGACGGUGGCAGGUCUUAAGACGAUUUGAUUAGGUGAGGUUCCCUAAAUUUGGUUGGUGAUUAUUUUUUAUUUUUUUUUGAAUCUGGAAUAGAUGCAUAGAUCCGAAUUUUCAGAAAUAUGUCUGUGGGAAGACGAUUUUGGAUAUGGUACAUUUGGGUUAAUAUGGCUUUAAAUUUGGAAAUUUGCGGUUUAAUUGUAGAUCUAAAAUGGAUUUAUCGAUCGUGAUUUCUGGAAAAUGGUUGUGUUUGUGUGUGGUAUGGUUUGCUUGUGGAUUUGGCGGCUUUGAGGCCUUGGAGGGUUGGGGAUGGUGUGGUGAUUUUGUUCUUUAUUCCAUACGCAUGAUCAUCAUAUUUUUAUCUAUGUAAUGAAAAUACGAGAUAACUAAAAGAAUGGUAAAUGAGGGAAAGUAAAUAGCAUAGUAAGUAACAAUAACUGAUUAAGUGUAAUAGUAAACUAAGUAGAAAGCUAGCUGUUGAAGGUAAUAUAAUUAAUGAAGUAACUGUGCUUGAAAUAAAUAAAUACUGGAACUGAAAGUAAAAUAAAGCUGAAUUACAUGGACAAGUUAGUAGAGUAAAUCUGGGUGUUUGAUUAGUUUUCAAUCACUCUUAUGUAGAAAUCGUGACAUUUAGAUGAUGAUGAUUAUGGAUGAUAGUAACAGUGGUAAUAACAAUAAUAUAGAGUUAGUUUGACAAAAAGGGGCGAGUAGGAGAAGAGAAUAAAAGAGUAGUAAAGGAAUGAUGCAUCACUAGAACUGGAAUAUGAACCUGGGUUCUGCUGAUUACAGUACAGACUUGUUGGGCUUCUGUUUGCCUACUACUUCUAUUUGACAAAAUAAAGAAGGAAAGAAAAAGUGUGUGUUUGUGUUUUUUUCCUAUUUUUCCAGCGUUUUUCCUCUUCUCUGAACAGACUAAGAAAAGAAAGAAACUCUCAAAUCACUAAGAGGAAGAAACAAAAACUGACAAAGGAAGAAGUAAAGUGUUUCCCCUUCUGAAAAGCUG